AUGGCAGACAACAAUGAACGCAAGAAUGCGACAGCAAGGCCUCAUGAAAACUACAUUGAAUCAGUCAGCGAAACUGAUGGAAAAUGGCGCAAAGCUGCUGCUUCGGCCUGCAUUAUUCUAUGGCAAUUUAUUCAGAUGAUUCCCCUAGGCGCAGGCAUCAACGGCGGUCUCAACAUGGCUAAGCAGCUCGGCGUGUUACCCGCUUUUGCUAUUUGGAUUGUAGCAUCCUAUCCCCUUACUCAAGGCACGUUUGUCCUCAUGGGAGGACGUGUUGGUGCAAUAUACGGCCACAAAAAGACUGCUGCCGCCGGUGGUGUACUCUGGGUAAUCUUCCAUCUCAUAUCCGGCUUCAUGCGCAGCAUCAUAUCUUUGAGUAUCAUGCGUGCACUGAGUGGCAUUGGGGCUGCGUUUGUCUUUCCAAAUGCCGUGGCUCUCCUCACGAUAACGAAUCCACCUGGCAAGGCUCGCAACAUUUCAGUUGGGCUGUUUGGCGCUAUGGUACCAAUUGGUGCUGCGGGUGGGAGCGUAUUCCCCGCUCUGUUUGGCCAACUGACCCAAUGGUGGUGGCUGUUUUUCUUCUUAGCUCUCUUGGGAAGUGUCAUUUUUGGCCUGUUCAUCAUGAUUGUACCUGGUGAGCCCACAUUGAUGGAUCCUGUGGGCAAGAUCGACUACAUUGGAGCAUACCUAGGUGUGUCCGGCCUGAUUCUCUUCAACUUCGUGUGGACUCAAUCCGCCCUUGUGGGCUGGUCCGUCCCAUACGUCUAUGGACUUCUUAUUGCGUCGAUUCUCCAUGUGGCUGGCUUUAUUAUCUAG